AUAGUUACUACAACUUCCCCAUCAGUCAGUGCAACAUCUACAUCACAAAUAGAAACAUCAACAACAGUCCCCACAACUUCAACAGCAGUCAGUACAGCAUUUACAACAGAAACCCAGACACCAACCACAGUUCCUACAACUUCAGCAGCAGUCAGUGCAGCAUUUACAACAGAAACCCAGACAUCAACAACAGUUCCUACAACUUUACCACCUGACAGUACAGCAUUUACAACAGAAACCCAGACAUCAACAACAGUCCCUACAACUUCAUCAGCAGUCAGUACAGCAUUUACAACAGAAACCCAGACAUCAACAACAGUUCCUACAACUUCAGCAGCAGUCAGUGCAGCAUUUACAACAGAAACCCAGACAUCAACAACAGUCCCUACAACUUCAUCAGCAGUCAGUACAGCAUUUCCAACAGAAACCCAGACAACAACAAUAGUUCCUACAACCUCAGCACAAGUCAGUAUAGCAUUUACAACAGAAACCCAGACAUCAACAUCAGUUAUUACAACUUUGCCACCUGACAGUACAGCAUUUACAACAGAAACCCAGACAUCAACAACAGUUCCUACAACUUCAGCAGCAGUCAGUGCAGCAUUUACAACAGAAACCCAGACAACAACAAUAGUUCCUACAACUUCAUCAGGAGUCAGUACAGCAUUUACAACAGAAACCCAGACAUCAACAUCAGUUAUUACAACUUUGCCACCUGACAGUACAGCAUUUACAACAGAAACCCAGACAUCAACAACAGUUCCUACAACUUUAGCAGCAGUCAGUGCAGCAUUUACAACAGAAACCCAGACAUCAACAUCAGUUCCUACAACUUCAGCAGCAGUCAGUACAGCAUUUACAACAGAAUCCCAGACAACAACAACAGUUCCUACAACCUCAGCACAAGUCAGUAUAGCAUUUACAACAGAAACCCAGACAACAACAACAGUCCCCACAACUUCAUCAGCAGUCAGUACAGCAUCUACAACAGAAUCCCAGACAUCAACAACAGUUCCUACAACCUUACCACCUGACAGUACAGCAUCCACAAUACCAAACAUCACAUUACCAACACAGUCUAUAACCACAACAGGUAAAGUAACAGAGUCGAAAGUUGAAAUC